UUAAAAGAAGAACAAAGUGAAAAAUGAAUGUAAAAUCGAAUUACUCAAACAUAACAGGCGGCUCCGCGAAGUGCAUUCAUUGUGAGAAAACAAUAAAAACCAGUGGUAAUUCAUCGAAUCUGUCGUCGCACUUGCGCAAUAAGCAUAGCGAAAUUUUUGCAAAAUGCGCGCAAAAAAAGCAGUCGGUGAACUUGGAAAAAGUACUUACAAUAUCUGAAUCCUUCAAGAAUGCUGAAGCCUUUAAAGAAAAUGGCAAUAAAACAAAGGAGAUUAACGAAGCAAUUGUGUACAUGAUCUGUAAGGACAACAUGCCAGUCCGGUGUGUAGAAAAAGAGGGCCUCAAAGGACUUCUCAAAAAGUGUGUGCCGCAUUUUAAAAUACCUUGCAGAUCCACGGCAAGUAUAAGAAAAUGUAAUAUAUUUUGA